UAGUUUUAAAUGACUUUAUUGUUUUUCGAAGUAUUGUCCACGAAGCACUUAUUCCACUCGUUUGCCGGCAGAUCCAAAACGGCAUUUUUGAAUGCGUCAACUGCUUCUUCUGCUGACUGGAACCUUUGAUCACGCAGUCUGUUUUUAAUUUUCGGGAAAGUAAAGAAAUCGUUAGGACUUAGAUAGGAACUAUAUGGAGGAUGAUCCAAUAAUUCCACGUUUU